UCCUCAGCUUGUUCAGAAUUACCGGUAACCUCUCAGGCCCAAAAAGUUGAUCCUAUAGAAUCACUAUCUACCUCACCGCCCAUUGAGAACCACUCCGAACAGAUAGCAAACACAAUUGCUAUUAUAUCUAGUAACGAUUCUAUAUCAGUGGAAGAAAAGGAAGUUGAUGAAUUCGUGGAUUUAAAGUAUAAGGAAAGGGUUAGUAACGAAAUAAUACAGAACAUUAAGGAAAAGAAACUUCGAGAUCAAAGUGCCAUUCCAUCCAAAAUAAAUCCUGUGACUGAAACUUCCCAUGACCAUAAGAUUAUUCAAUCGGAACCUCGGACCUCUGAUGUAAUACCUAUUAAUCAGGCACAAAAUACUAUUUCUUCUAAAAUAAAAGUUCCAUAUAAUCAAAAAGUCGAACAAGGCUUGAGAUGUGAAUUAUUUAUUUGCGCCAAUAAUAAUGAUAGUAAAAUUAACUCACCCGAUACUUUGGUUAUAUUUGGCCGUGCCAGCUUUGCUGAUAAAUCAUUUGAUAUUCAGAUUCCAGAAUUCUCUUUAGAAGAAAUUCUAACAGGAUCUAGUAAAAUUACGGUGCAGAAUAUAGUUGACUUGUUUAAUGUAGCAAUGAAGGUUAGACAAAAGGAGAUUUUAUACUGGUAUUGUUAUUAUAAAGCAUAUGAGGAUAAAAUCGGGUAUAUUAAGUCUAUGAAUAAUAUUGACGACAAAUCUGCAAGGACAUUG